CUUACCCUGUGGUCCUUAGAGAGUCAGUUAGUAGGUCAGUGUGUCCGGGUAGGUCUACGUGGUAAGGAGUGGGACCCUUGUCGUGCACCAACACCACGAUGGAUGACUAUCCGAUGUAUGGGCUACUUGUUGGGUUCUCCCUCUGGGGGACCCUCUGGCGUCUCCUCUUUCCGCUGGGCUUCUGGCCCACCUUUGCGUGUAGAGUAGGGCCCACUCGUGGUGGUACUUCCACCCAGCCAUACACGAAGGAGGAGGAGGAGAAGAUGACCGCCAUCCUGCAGGAGAGAAAGGAGAAGAAGGAGGCCAAGAAGAAGGCCUUGAAAGAGGAACAGGCGGCCAAAUUGAAGAAGAUGGAAGAAGAGAUGGCCAGGGAGAAAGAGAGGCUGAAAAAGGAAGAAGAAGAGAAGCUGAAGGAGGUGGAUGAAGAAGAGGAAGGUCCGCCACUGCAAAAGAGUAGUGGGCAGCACAGUGGCAGCAAUGGUGGGGACCUGGAGAAAAGGAUAUCCGAAUGGGUUGCCAACCUGUCUGUGGGAGAAGAAGAAGAAGUGGCAAUGUACGUACCCCAGGAUGAUCAGGAAGCCGCUAUGAAAGCUUGGGAAGCAAAAAAAGAUGUCGUGAAGCGGCAGGCGAUGGAAGAUGAAAAGAGGAUGGAAUGGAGAUUGGCAGUGAUGAGGGAGAAGAAAAGGAGAGUGGGCGCGGCGGCGGAGGCGGCAGAAGAAUUAAAGGAAGUAAAAAGGAUAGAGGAGCAACUAGCCGCCCAGAUUGAACUCCCGGCCCAAAUGCGAGUCAUAGCUCGAAAUGUUGCACGCCUGGCACGAAUUCAGGCGGAGCAAUAUGACUUCAGUAGGAGUCAGCAUAUAGCUGUGCGYUCAAUAAAGUUGGGGUUUCGRGAAUUUGCGCGCGAGCUGGUAGGCGCUGUAGGAACCGAKGUGGGCCACCGCCUCGACAAKACCRAGCGGUWCUGUGCUGGCGCCAUUGAGGGCGUCAAGGCGGCAGCCCCCAAGGAGGAGGAAGCACGUCCUCCUCGUCGGGAACCAGUCAAGGUCAAAUUCCCUGAUUCCUAUAGUGGAAAAAGGGAAGAGAACUUUGACAACUGGGAAGCUAACGUUAAGACCUAUGUGCACUUGCAACAGGUCUCCCCGGAUCAGCAGGUUCUGAUUGCGAUCCACGCGCUGAGAGAUGAGGCCGCCAGUUUUGCAAGGUCCCUAGUUCRCGCUGCCAACUGUAGUGAUGAUCCGGUUGCGUACUCCUCAUUCACGUCCCUUACCGAAUUCCUGAAAUUGCUGCGCGAGCGAUUUGCAGACGUCUCUCGCAGUGUUAAGGCCUCAGACAAGCUCCAAACUAUCCAUUCUCGUAAAUGGAAGAGUGCCAGGGCACUCAAGGGUACAAUGGAUGAGUUGGUGGCCGUCCCUGACCACGGGGUCACAGAGGGCCAAUUGGUCAACCUCUUUUACCGGGCUAUGCCCGAAGCCUUUCGAGGGCAGUUCUUCGCGAAGAGCGAAGAUCCUGCCACCACUUACGAUUCCCUUAGCCGUGAAGUGGUGGCUUUUGAAGCGAAGUCCGUGUCCCUGUCUACCUUCUGGCACAAGGACUUGGACAGGGGAAAGCAAUGGAAAGGUCGCACUAUCUCAGGGCAGGUAAAGACUAAGGACAACCUUGUCCUGACUUUAGAUGAAGGUAGUGUGGAUGAGAUCCCCUACGAUCAGAUUGAGUGGGGGCUAGAGGAGGAGGACAGCGGUGUGGGCCAGGGGAGAUCCUACGCUGCUGUCGCGGCUGGAGGGAGGCUGCAAGGAGGAAGAGGCCAGGGCCAAGGGGGCCGAGCCUCAGGGAACCGGUUCCAGGGCGAUCAGGGGGUUGGCGGCAGAGGAGGAAACCGCCAAGCGGGAGGCAGGGGUCAAGGUCCCUCGCAAAACCGUCCUAGGAAUAGGUCUCCCUAUAGAGUAGGAGGAUGGGACCCAGGGCUACCUCAGGAGGGAGUCCAGGCGUAUUUCCGCCUAGAGACAGAUGGGAAAGUGGAAAAGAUUCUCCACUCCCUGACUCUCCUCGUAGAAGACAGCCUCCCCUUUGAUAUAGUGUUGGGAAUGGAUUGGGGAGAGGCAGCCGGGGCAACGCUCCAUCUGAAGGAGCAUGAGUGUAGGCUCCCUAGUUCUGCAGGCGAGGCUAAGACUGCCCACCUGUUCCAUGUGUCAGGAGUAGAGAAUUCCUUGGCGCAUUGCUGCCUUAGUGCCCCCGCAUUCGCCAGAUUGGUGAAGAAGGAGAAACUGGAGGAACAGGUCUUUGUUGCCUAUGUUAGGCCAGUCACCGAGCCUACGGAGGAGAAGCCGAUGGACCUUGCGAUUGCCAGGCUGCUGGAAGAGUUUAAGGAUUUGACUGAGCCACCGACAGGCACGGUGUCGCGGCCUAUUCAGCACCGUAUCGAAAUAGAGCCUGGCCGUAGAACUCCUAAGGGCGCUGUGUAUAGGAUGUCCCCACGGGAGUUAGAGGAGCUUCGCAAGCAGUUAGACGAGCUCCUCGAGAAGGGUUGGAUUAGGCCCAGUUCAAUGCAGUCACGUGCGAAGAUGUUGUGUGAGCUGUCAAACAUGGAGCUGAUGGAUCAGACCAAAAGUGAGCUUGCUCAUGGAGGGAUUCUUCCUGCUGUAGCAGACGUGCUGAGCCGAGGCAAGCCCCCCGAGAGGAUGCAUGCACUUAAAGUCAUCCAUGGUUUCUCCUCGGCAGUGAAGAUUCAGCCGCUUAUUUGGAAGGCUGGUGCUGUACCAGCUGUGCUGAUGUAUUUGCUGUCCCCACGAACACCGAUGCACCUCAAAGAGACUGCUGCAGCCACACUCGCAAACCUCCUGGAGGAUGCGACGGUGGAGUGCCCUGGAAUAUGUGCGAAGCAACAGACGGCGACUCCGCUCUGGAAAGGAGAUAUCAAACAGAGCAGCAGGGGGGGAGGGGUGAAAUUCCAAAAAGAAGACGAGGAAUAUAGUUUCAUGAGGGGUGAGGAUGAAGCAGAAAAUCCACAAAACAGCACAGAGGAGGCUGUCGCAAAGGAUAGAGGUGCCGAUAAGGAGGUGGAAGAAGCAAUGGAUGUUGCCAACUGGCAUAUCGGUGAAGAGAACCUGUACCAGUUGAUGGAUAUGGUUCAGCUCACGGAGGAAAAGGUGAAAGUACAGGUCUUGCGUUUGUUAAAGGGUUUGAUAGACUCUAUGCACAGUACUCUGGUUAUGACAAUUUUGAGGGAGGCUUCUCUACCGAAAACCCUGGUAUCCAUGUUACUUUCAGAUAACGAAGUGGCUGAAGCAGCGGGGGAGUGGAAAAUGACGAAGCUUGCUGCGAUGAAACUUCUGACAAGCAUUGCAUCAGAUGAGACUGGGUCUGCUGAUGUCACCGAAGAGAUAACAAAGGGAUCAACAACAGUUCGAGAACUGGUUUCGCUCAUGAAGGCGGGAAGGGAUGAUGAGCUUGCAGUUGCGUCGGCGGUUCUUCUCUCUAAGCUAAGAUUGAGAGAAAAACCCAUGGCGAUGGCAAUGUUACAAGCUGAUGCCUUGAGUGCAGUCAUAGAGGCAACUCAUGCAGAGGGAAAUGAAGAUCUAAGGGAAUGGGCCGUUCAGGUGCUUUCUGUGAUGAUAGGUGGAGACAAUGUAGAUCUCCAAGUGAGAGUGGCAGCCAUGGGAGUGUUCCCCACACUAGUCUCGAUGCUGCGGACGGGGACACGCGUAGGAAAGAUUGCGGCAGCGACAGUUCUUGGCAACAUGUCGCAAAACACGCUCACGCUGCUGAACACGCCUCGAGCGAGGCCAAGAAGAAAAAGAAAGCCGGCAGCAAGAUUCCCUCUGGCAUUGUUCGAUACAUGGAGAUGGUGCCUUCGAGGAGAAGCGGAUGUUCAAGACAAUCCUGUGAACUGUGACAUUCACUCAGGGUUGUGCAGCGUUGAAACGACGUUGUGUUUGGUUCAAUCCGGUGCAGUGCCUCUGCUUAUUAAUGUGAUUGCAAAGGAUAUGGAAGACGAUGUGGUGGCGAUGGCAGCACUUCGAGCACUUGCAACCCUGGUGAUUGAACUCCCUACAAUCAGGGAGGGUGGACGGCUUCUGGCUCGCACGAAUGGGUGUGUCUCCAUGCUUUUGGGGCUAGUAAUGAGAGGCUCACCUGUGCUAAAGGAGAAGGCUGUGUGGGUGUUGGAGCGGAUGUUCCGGGACAAAGAUUGCGUAAGGGACCAUGGACGGGCAGUUCGAGGACCCUUAGUUGAGUUAGCACAGACGGGAACUGCGCGUGCCAAACGCAUCAGCAACAAGGUCUUGGCCCACUUGGAGCUCAUCAACGACAAUACCUUCUUCUUGGUAGAGAACCAAGCAGCCUCUGUCAUAUUCCCUUCAGGGCAGCUGGAGACAUCUUGAUGUUAAAUAAUUUAAACCACCAUACAAGAACCCUUGUUGACUGGCACUGACCGGAACCGUGCACUGUAAAGUGCAUCAUCUGCAGCGGCCGCAAUAUCUUCGCUCGCUUGCAGCUCAUCCACAACCCAAGGUACCUUCUAGGCAGAAAACCAAGCGGCCUCCAUCAUGUUCCUUUCAGACUUGCGGGCAUGGUUCAACCCAGUCAUUGCGAUGCUGCUGCAAUCAAAGCGCUUGGGUGUCCAUUUACUUUUUGCUUCUUCAUGUCACAUACAGAGGGGUCAGAAAACAGCUCCAGGGAUUGGCCUGCAGCUUCUUACCACCACACUCGACUCGCUGAUCAUCACACGAAGCAGAAGGAGCUGUGUAUCAUAUUGUUUGAACUCUCCCCAGCUUGUCCGUUGGUUCCAUCUGCGUACUCAGCAGAAAAAAACACUUGCUGAUGGAUUGGGCAACAAGGUAAGAGCAUUGCCAGAGUGAUAACCAUGCAUGCCACUGGUUAACUGAAGUGUGCGCCAACCUCUGUUCUGGAAGGCCUUUGGAGAUUUUACUGUCACACCACAUGACAAGUGUCAUAGGCGUUUUUUAACUGCCGUCUUCACCCGAAUAGAACGCCCGGUCAUUAUAGCUGUAUUUGGCGCAACUUUCAGCCCAGGUACGGCGAUAAUUAUCGGGCGUUCUAUUAGGGCGAAGAUGGUAGUCUCCUGCACCUGCCUGUGUUGUCGGGAGGACAUCAAUCCCUCCCUACCUGUGGAGGUGCGGCAGGAAGGAUAUAACCAAUAGCCAACUCAAAACUCACCUGUGGGUGGACCUGCUGAUCCUGAACAGAUGGCAAAUCAGUCCUACCUUUGAAACAGCACAUCCUGCAGGGAAGGCGUUCAAUCGACCGUUGGUCCUGCAGGUAAGGCUAUCACUCUCUGCCUCUGGACCGUUAGAUCCUGUAUACAGGAAAUAUGAUCCUGACCCGGAGCUGGGUACAGCAGGUCCUGGGGGGAAGGCAUUCACUCUCCAACUCGGACCUGCAGCUCUGCAGGAAAGGCUAGCAGUCUCUGUGUCUGGACCUGCAGGGUCCUGAUUAGAGGAGAGUUGAUCUUCACCCUGGAGCUGGGGUCCAGGGCAUUUCCUACUUCAUGGACCAGCAGCAGGGAGAGGAUGACGGAUAUCCACCUCAAUACUAUCCCACGAACCUGCGUGUUCUGAAGGGAGGGCAGAGAAUCCCCACCUGGAUGUGCAACAGCAGGUUGUCCUGUCCUGGACUUGGGGUCCAGGGCAUUCACUACUUCCCGGACCAGCAGCAGGGAGAGGAUGACGGAUAUCGACGUCAAUACUCUCUCCCAUGAACCUGCUGGUUCUGAAGGGAGAGAAUCCCUACCUGGAUGUACAACAGAAGGUUGUCAUCCAUUUGGACACUCAGAUCAACCAUCUAUCGACGGCCGGGAGGCUAACGUCGGCAGGAAGCGACAUACAGGCCCGAAUUCCCAGCCAUGUUUUGUGGGAUCGGCGCCAUGUUGUUGUCAGGACUCAGUAUUGAGUGCUGAGAAGAACGGAAAACGUUUCUGACUUCGAACGUGGUUAUGACGAGGAAUGGAAUCCAUUGCAAUAAUUAAACCAUGACUACCUGAGGACCUGACCUGUCAAUCCAAACAGAUUUUUGCAAGGCCUGGUGCGGAACUGGUUUCUGGCACACUGGAAAUGGAUGGGUACCAUUUCCAAGUCCGCUGCCAUCCGAAACCCCUCACCACCCCUUUACCGGGCAGAUAGAGAUAGGCAGAAGGGUGAUGAUCGCACACGGUGCAACACUAUGAUUCUUGGUUGGAUGACGGGUGUAUUCUAUGCGAUAAAGCCGAAUACGUCUUUCGACAUUGUGAUGUGAACACCCCUUUAUGGGACCUUUUCCGCAGCCCUAUAGUCACUGGCCUGGAAAAUCGGAGAUAGAGGGUGGUGGCUUACAUGGUUAAGUUGUGUCUUGCAAGAGGGCUGUUGUUUUUUUCCCAUGUUACGGCGGCAUUCGACCGAGCCCCGACAAUGGUCAUCUGCUUCUCCUGGACUUUUGUGGGGAGUGAAGUCAGUCACCCGCUUAAAAUUACAAAAAGGGACAGUGUUUUGUAUGCUGCUGGUACCCAGUCAGAUGAAAGAUGAGCUGGUACCCAGUCAGGUGAAACAUGAAUGGGGAUGGUGGAGAUGCAAGUCUGCUGCAGAUAUCUAUUGUUGUUCAGCUUCUGAGAGAAGGGUAUGAGGUUAUGACUCGUGAACAGUCUUUAUCUCCGUGGAAGGGGUCCCACUUUGUGAAAGGUAAAGUAACAUCGCACGAUCGCUUGCUGUUACAUGAUGUCAGAUUCGUGCCCUUGAGGACCCUGAUGGGGCUGUUCGUCGUGCGGUUUUAUGUUCUCGUAAUUGUGGAAUAUGAAGUCCUCUGUUUAUUGCUCGUUCCUUUCUUGUUGCUUUGGUGCCUCUGGGGAUUCACAUUUGUAGUUAUUUGAUUCUUUGUGGCAGGCUAUCUUUCCUUCGGUGUACUUGUUGGUGUACUUGGGGUCUUUGUGUGGUUUUGUGAUUCUCUCAAUUGCAAAAUAUAAUAUAUGAGCUUGAACGGCAGUGUUUGGGGCUCUACCGCAUGCCCAUGCU